UUGUCAGACGUCUAAUUUCUGGACAUACGCUCUCUCUCUCUCUCUCUCCCGGAACGCGCACAAAAGGACACGCCUUUAUUUUGAAAAUUGAAAUCCCCCUUUUCUGCUCCUCAAAUCUCUCCUCACUACACCAUCAUUUGCUCCUCUUCAAAUCACCAUUUCAUGUAUCCCUAUCAUUUCUGUCUCCAUCUUUUGAGUUUGCAGAGCUGAUAGUGCCUCCCUGCCGCCUGGCUUCUUCUUAGGGUUUCUCCUCCUCCGAUUGGAAUGGUUUUUCUUUUCGUGUUGGACGGCGGUUGUCGUUUUCGGAAUGGAAUGGUCUAGAUCUGUUGCGACUCUUCUUUGAACCUCAGUGUGCCAUUUCCAUUGUGACGAGACACUAACACAGGUGACGUGUUCAGGGAGGGACCAAUCACUAUAUUAGCAAUUAAUAUCAAUGGCAACGGGAAGUCCUUAUUUUGAUGAUAUCCGAUGUAAACCUGAGGUCAUUGAUCCUCCACAAGAUGAAGACUCAAUGGAUGUUGGUGAACUUUCCAGUGAGCCUAUGCAGAAUACUCUAAAACCUAAUGUAACUGUUUCUAGCAAUGUUCGUGAACUGUUGGAAUGCCCGGUGUGCCUAAAUGCCAUGUAUCCACCAAUUCAUCAGUGUUGCAAUGGUCACACAUUGUGUUCUGGUUGCAAGCCCAGGGUACACAACCGCUGCCCAACUUGCAGGCAUGAGCUUGGUAAUAUUAGAUGUCUUGCUUUGGAGAAGGUUGCUGCAUCUCUUGAGCUCCCUUGUAAAUAUCAGGACUUUGGGUGCAUGGGGAUCUAUCCUUACUACAGCAAACUGAAGCAUGAAUCCCAAUGUGCUUUCAGACCUUAUAAUUGUCCUUAUGCAGGAUCAGAGUGCACAGUGAUUGGUGACAUUCCCUUUUUAGUGGCUCAUUUGAAAGAUGAUCACAAGGUUGAUAUGCAUAGUGGAAGUACCUUCAACCAUCGCUAUGUUAAAUCAAAUCCACACGAAGUUGAGAAUGCUACAUGGAUGCUUACAGUUUUCAGUUGCUUUGGGCAGUAUUUUUGCUUGCAUUUUGAAGCAUUUCAGUUGGGGAUGGCACCAGUUUACAUAGCAUUCUUGCGGUUCAUGGGAGAUGAUAAUGAAGCUAAAAACUACAGCUACAGUCUUGAAGUUGGAGGGAAUGGGAGGAAGAUGAUUUGGCAAGGGGUGCCAAGAAGUAUAAGGGAUAGCCAUCGAAAAGUUCGUGACAGUUUUGAUGGCCUCAUCAUUCAACGCAACAUGGCCCUAUUUUUCUCGGGUGGUGAUCGAAAGGAGUUGAAACUAAGAGUCACUGGUAGGAUAUGGAAAGAACAGUGACUGGGUUUUCUCUAGACAAAUGUUUUCUAGUUUUCUACCUUAGGAGACAUUUUGUUCAGUUUAGCAGUCCAACCAUUUCUCUUGGUCAUGUAUUUUUUGAACAUAUGAAGCAAGAUCUCUUUGCUUGUCCAUGAAAUACAUGAGUGAGAAUGCCUAGUUAUGCACUAAAUGUUUUGUAUGUCUUGUGCAUCAAAUAUGUUUCAAGAGGUGGAUUCUAGGCCAGUUCUUUGUCAUGUGAUCAUGAAGUCUUAUGUUUACUGUUUGGACAACAUAUCAUAUGCAGAAACAUGUGAACAUGGUGACUAUAUACCAAAUAGGGUAUUAGGUAUACUAUAGUAAAACAGUAGUGUGGACUUCAA